AGGGACUUUCUAAGCCAAAGGGGCGCAGAAUCCACGCGGUGCCGCUGGUAUUGCGGUGUCCAGAACACGCAGUUGCCAGCGUGCUGAGUCACUUUGCAAACUGAUUUGUGGCUAAGUCAGACUGCCCGUUCCCAGCGUUGCAGUACAGGGAUGCACGUUCUGACGUUUCCCUCGUUGCCUUUCAUUCUCGCAGGCUGUUUGCUGCUAAGUGCAGUGGCUGCAUGGAGAAGAUCGCCCCGACGGAGUUUGUGAUGAGGGCCCUGGAAUGCGUUUACCACUUAAGCUGCUUCUGCUGCUGCGUGUGCGAGCGGCAGCUGAGGAAAGGAGACGAGUUUGUUCUGAAGGAAGGACAAUUGCUCUGCAAAAGUGACUAUGAAAAAGAAAAAGACCUGCUGAGCUCCGUGAGCCCGGAUGACUCUGACUCAGUGAAAAGCGAUGAUGAGGAUGGAGAUGUCAAGCCAACCAAAGGACAAGUGAGCCAAGGGAAAGGGAGCGAUGAUGGGAAAGACCCGAGGAGGCCCAAACGACCAAGGACUAUCCUUACAACACAGCAGAGAAGAGCAUUCAAAGCAUCCUUUGAAGUGUCUUCCAAGCCCUGUAGGAAGGUCAGAGAAACACUAGCAGCUGAAACAGGACUUAGCGUGCGAGUUGUCCAGGUCUGGUUUCAGAACCAAAGAGCAAAGAUGAAGAAGCUAGCGCGAAGGCAUCAGCAGCAGCAGGAGCAGCAGAACUCUCAGCGCCUCGGCCAAGAAGUGAUGUCCAACCGGAUGGAAGGGAUGAUGACAUCAUACACGCCGCUGGCACCGCCGCAGCAGCAGAUUGUAGCGAUGGAUCAAAGCAGUUAUGGCACGGACCCCUUCCAGCAAGGUCUCACCCCUCCACAGAUGCCGGGAGACCACAUGAACCCUUAUGGGAACGACUCCAUUUUUCAUGAUAUUGACAGCGAUACCUCUUUAACUAGUUUGAGCGACUGUUUUCUUGCCUCCUCAGAAGUUAACUCCAUGCAGGCUAGAGUAGGAAAUCCCAUUGACAGGCUGUACUCUAUGCAGAGCUCGUAUUUCGCCUCAUGAAAAUAAAAGGAAAACAAGAGCCGGCAUAUCUUUAGCCAGUGACUUUUUCCAGUGCAGACUCUACAGCCAUAUGUCGUCCAGCUCUUCCUUCACAGUGACUCCGCUGCCUCUGGACUGCCAACAGCCUUUCUAGGAAGCCUUGUGUUAAACAAAAAAGCGUUCCGCCACCACCGCCCCUCGCCCUCCCUCGCCCAGCGCGCGCCAGGCCAGGAGGGAAGUGUGGAAAGGCCGAGGCCCAGCUCUCCAGCCGCCUCCGGUUUGGUUGGCUUGGAGCUCGUCGUUUGAAAGGAAAUGGAUUUUGCCCAAAGCCAGACCUUUUCCCUCCGUUCUUUCUUCUUUUCUUUUGGAUGUUUAAGCAUUUUUUCGGAAGCCGCUGAAACCAACAUCAGUCAACCAUAUGACAAAUAAAUCAAGGAACCUGGAGAGUCCUCCCUUUUCGUACUGCAUGACUCAUACAUGUUGUGGACAAAUUGCCAUUUGAACUGUGAGAAGUUAAUGUAAAUGUGACGUUCAGCAUUUGUUUCCUUUCUACACUUUUUCUACAUAACCCUAGGUCUGCUCAUUAGUUUAUAGCCCUUAUACUGUAUGAUACGUAGAAAAACUGGUUAACAAUGAGACUUGUGGAGAAAGCCAGUGAUUUCAUAAUAAAAAAGGUCUUUGACCCCAGAGAGAAGCUGCAUGUUAGGGACAGGUCAUUUAGACUAGUAUUGAUCUUAAUUAAUUAAAACAAAAGGUGCUUACAAGACACAGAGCUAUAUUUAAUUUUUUAAGUGUGAGAAUAAAACAUUUACUUUUAUUUGUA